AUGCAGACGAGAGCGUUUCUACUGCUUGCCUUAGCCCUUGGCUCAGCAGCCGCGGCCAAGGGGGAGCCCGGCUUCCUUCUCUUCACGCGCCGCAUCCGGGAGAGCCCGCAAGCCCUCCAACCGGAGGUGGAGUCGCUGGUGCGCAGCUCCUUCUAUGCCGCCCAUCCCACUGUGCUAUCCAUUCCCCGCUGGCUGGGCAACAGCUCCGCGCCGGAGCACUCGGCCGUGGUGGCCGCCCAACUGGAGCAGCGCGAGUGCAAUGUGAUCACCGUGGAUCUGGCGGAGACCACUGAUGAGACUGCCAUCGCCGAGAGCGUGAGCCAACUGAUCGAGCUGCUGAGCCGCAACUUCGAUGUCCCGCUGGAGCGGAUCCUGCUCGUCGGCUUCGCGGAAGGUGCCCAUCUGGCGGGUGCCGUGGCUGCCAAGGUCCAGGCCGAUCUGGGCCAGCGAUUCCCGCACCUCACCGCCCUGGACCCCACUGAGGGCUCGCUGGAGCAUCUGCUUUCCCCCUCCGAUGCGCAGUUCGUGGAGGUUGUGCACACCAAUGGCGGCGGCCUGGGCACCCUUGAGCGCCUGGGCCAUGUGGACUACUACCCCAAUGGAGGCGGGACGCAGCCAGGCUGUGUUGAGGACUCCUGCUCGCAUGAGCGAUCCUUCGAGCUGCUCGCAGAGAUGUGGUCCCCGGAGAACGACUUUGUCAGCGCCCUCUGCGGCUCUUUGGAGACAAUGAGCGUGGAAAGCUGCCGCUGGACGUCCCUCAAGAUGGGACAAGGGAGCCAGUGGGCACCCACCCCCGGUAUCUACUUCCUGGAGACGCGCAGCUCCCAGCCCUUCGCCAGAGGAGCCUACCACAUCAGCUUCUUGUGAACAGACGUAGACCCAAUAAAGAACGGAAGCCCAAGCGCCGAAGUAAACAAA